UUUUGGUUCCAGCACUCUGCUUCUCUGCGGCACACGCACCGCUCCCAUAACUUUUUCUUUAAUUUAAUUUUUUAUUUCUUUUUUCCAUGAUUUCAUAUAUGAAGGUCUGCCAUUCCACGCUUCAUCUUGAUUGUUAUCUUUUCUCCUGAUCAUGCAAAUGAAAUUCACAUUUCAGUCGUAUUUGCUGUAAAUCCUCUGCAUUGUCUUUCAGCCAUGGUUUGGAAGAAGCAGUUUUUUUCACCAAGAAGAAAGGUAACUUCUGGGUUUGUUUUGGGAAUUGGAGUUUCAGUAACUGUACUGGGUUGGCUGUUUUUUACCAACUUCUUGAAGAGUCCUGCAGUGGAGACUUCGAUUCAAGGGUUUGACAGUUUGAAUUCUUCUUCUGUUUCAUGGCCUUUCUCCUUUUCCAGCAGUUCAGAAAUGCAGGAUUUUGUCGACAAAACCCAGGAAGCAAAUGAGUCAACGGUUGCUGGGAAGCAGAAUUUUACUCUUUCGGGGGAGACUCAUUUGGGAAAUUUUACAGAGGAGGGUAAAGAUGAGAGCUCGGGGGUUGAAGGGGAAAUGGGUAAGCAGAAAAACAGCGAAAACGAGUCAGUAAUUGCUGAAAACGGUAACUUUUUGAAUUCAAGCGAGGAAGGAAAUGGCUUGGGGAUUGCCCAUUUGGGAAACUCCUCUGAAGUUUUGGAAAAUGGAAGCUUGCAUGGUAAGGAAGGGAGGGUCAUUGGGAAUUUUAGCUUCUCUGGGCAAGAACAUGUGCAUGCAGAGAAGGCAGUUGAUGGUAGUUUUUCAAGGAAUUCUAGUAAUGUGGAUGGUAAUGUUGGGAAAUUUGUGAUGAAGAAAAAGGGUUGGAAGGCGGCUCAUCGAGAAAAUUCGAUUGCAAAAAUUGUCGAGUAUGAUUCUCAGAUGGUGAAAAUGCAGACUGAUUUGUAUCAGCAAUGUGAUAUUUUUUAUGGUAGGUGGGUUAGAGAUGAUUCAAGGCCAUAUUAUCCUGGAGGUUCUUGCCCAUACAUUGAUAGGGAUUUUAAUUGUCACCUCAAUGGGAGGCCAGACAAUGCUUUUAUAAAAUGGAAAUGGCAGCCAAAUGAAUGUGACAUUCCAAGUCUGAAUGCCACUGAUUUUCUGGUGAGGUUGAGGGGAAAGCGGUUGGUUUUUGUGGGGGAUUCACUGAAUAGGAACAUGUGGGAAUCUCUGGUUUGUAUUCUUCGCCACAGCAUUCGAAACAAGAAAAGAUUUCAUGAGAUUUCUGGGAAGAGGGAAUUUAAAAAGAAGGGCUUUUAUGCAUUCAGAUUUGAGGAUUAUAAUUGUUCAGUGGAUUUUGUUGCUUCUCCCUUCCUUGUUAGGGAAUCAUCAUUCACGGGGGGUCAAAAUGGUACGUUUGAGACGUUAAGAUUGGAUUUGAUGGACCAGACAACUUCAAUGUAUGAUGAUGCAGAUGUCAUAGUUUUUAACACUGGACAUUGGUGGACACAUGAGAAGACUUCUCGUGGAGAGGACUAUUACCAAGAAGGAAACUAUGUGCAUCCAAGACUCAAGGUUCUCGAAGCAUACAAGAGGGCUCUCACCACUUGGGCCCGAUGGGUUGACAAGAAUAUUGAUGUCAACCGGACACAGGUUUUCUUCAGAGGAUAUUCAGUUACCCAUUUCAGCGGAGGGCAGUGGAACUCGGGUGGACAGUGCCACAAAGAAACGGAGCCAAUCUAUAACGAAACUUACUUAGGGAAUUACCCUUCAAAGAUGAGAGCUCUAGAGCAUGUAAUUGAAGAAAUGAAAACUCCGGUGAUAUAUCUAAACAUAAGUAGGCUUACCGAUUAUAGAAAAGACGGACACCCUUCCGUUUACAGAAUGAAAUACAAGACAGUAGAAGAACGAAUUACAGCUGAGGGGUCUCAGGAUUGCAGCCAUUGGUGCUUGCCUGGAGUUCCAGAUGCUUGGAAUGAACUGCUAUAUGCCGCUCUUUUGAAAUCCGGAUGGGGGUCACGCGGAAACUGAACAAACCUGUAUACAUUCGUUUGUUCAUCUUUAAUCGUCUCGGCUUAAUUUUGUGUGCUGCGAGAGUUUCCUAAGUACCAUUUUGCAUGCUGAUUCAGAUGAUGCAUGUAUAACGGUGCAAUUUCGCAAAGUCGGGAAGGUGUAGUACUUACAUCCUACGUUCAAAAGAUAUACACGAUACAGUUUUUUG